AUGGCAGGGGGUGUGUGGGGCCGUGGCCGGGGAGCCCCUGUGGGGGCACUGACGCUGACAGCGCUGGCAGAAGGCAUUCGGGACAGUCAGGGGCAGGGUCUGGCAGCCACUUCGCCGGGCUCCCAGACAGAACCCCAGGAGCGUGAACCUGAUGCCCAGGCCCUGGUCCCUGAGGCUGAGCCCGGGAGUGUGGCCACUGAACCCACAGCUGGUAAUGAGCCCUGCUUUCCACCCAGUGUCCAGAAUCCUUCCCCUGAGGGGGCCCACCAGGUCUGCCAGAGUCCCGGGGAGGAGGGGGCCUUAGCAGACCUGGCUUUGUAUACGGCUGCCUGCCUGGAGGAAGCUGGCUUUGCCGGGACCCAGGUGACAGCGCUCACCCUGUCCUCAGCCCUGGAGGCCCGAGGAGAGCGGCUGGAGGACCAGGUGCACGCUCUGGUUCGCGGGCUGCUGGUACAGGUACCCAGCCUAGCUGAGGGGCGGCCCCGAAGGGCAGCGCUGCGAGUGCUGAGCGCACUAGCUCUGGAGCAUGCGCAGGACGUCGUAUAUGCACUGUUGCCACGCUCGCUACCCCCAGACCGGGCAGCGGCCGAACUGUGGCGCAGCCUGAGCCGGAACCAGCGCGUGAACGGGCAGGUGCUGGUCCAGUUGCUCUGGGCGCUGAAGGGUGCCGCCGGACCUGAGAACGAGGCGCUGGCGGCUACUCGCGCCCUAGGGGAGAUGCUAGCCGUGUCUGGCUGCGUGGGAGCCACGCGGGGCUUCUAUCCCCACCUGUUGCUCGCGCUGGUCACGCAGCUGCACGAGCUGGCCCGUGGCGUGCGCUCUCCUGAAACCCCCAAGGUUUGGGCUCCAUCCCACCGAGGACCUCCACACAGUCACGCCAGUUGUGCCGUGGAGGCCUUGAAAGCCCUUCUCACUGGCGACGGCGGCCGUAUGGUGGUCACGUGCAUGGAGCAGGCAGGAGGCUGGAGGAGGCUGGUGGGAACUCACACGCAUCUGGAGGGCGUCCUGCUGCUGGCCAGCGCCAUGGUGGCUCAUGCCGACCACCACCUACGAGGCCUCUUCGCCGACUUACUUCCCCGACUGCGCAGCCCCGACGACACGCAGCGCCUCACGGCUAUGGCCUUCUUCACCGGGUUGCUGCAGAGUCGACCCACGACGCGGCUUCUGAGGGAGGAGGCUAUCCUGGAGCGACUCCGCACCUGGCAGGGCGACCCGGAGCCCACCGUCCGCUGGCUGGGCUUGCUGGGCUUGGGCCAUGUCGCGCUCAAUUGUGGGAAGGUGCGACAUGUGAACACGCUGCUGCCGGCGCUCCUGAGUGCUUUGGGCGAGGGUGAUGCGCGGCUCGUGGGCGCUGCGCUGGGCGCACUCCGGAGGCUUCUGCUGCGCUCGCGGGCGCCCGUGCGGCUGUUGAGCACAGAGCUGCGGCCGCGCCUCCCGCCGCUGCUGGACGACGCCCGGGACUGUGUCCGCGCCUCUGCGGUUGGGCUUCUCGGGACGUUGGUGCGGCGGGGCCGGGGCGGGCUCCGGGUGGGGCUUCGAGGCCCCCUGCGGAAGUUGGUGCUGCAAAGCCUUGUGCCGCUGUUGCUUCGCCUGCACGAUCCCAGCCGCGACGCAGCGGAGAGCUCCGAGUGGACCCUGGCCCGCUGCGACCAGGCCCUGCGCUGGGGCCUGUUGGAGGAGAUGGUCACCGUGGCGCACUACGACAGCCCAGAGGCCCUAAGCCGUGUUUGCCACCGUCUGGUUCAGCGGUACCCGAGCCACGUGCCCAGCUUCCUGAGCCAGACCCAGGGCUACCUUAGGAGCCCACAGGGGCCCCUGCGCCGGGCGGCCGCUGUGCUCAUAGGUUUCCUCGCCCAUCACACCAGCCCCAGCCGCGUCAGUCAGGACCUUCUGGACUCUCUGUUCCAUGACUUGGGGCAACUGCGGAGUGACCCGGAGCCGGCCGUCUGCGCGGCGGCGCACGUGUCUUCCCAGCAGGUGGCGCUGCUAGCGCGGGCGCACAACAGACCCCCGGGCCUACGCUUUGCUUACCUGGCUCGCCUCCCCCGCCUCGCUCGCCUUGCUCGGCGCCGCGCGGGUCCUAAACGCUCGCCACCUGUCUACUCGGACAGCCCCUUUCAGCAUCGGAGCGGUGCAGACCGCUGGGGCUGCUUCUGCCCAGGCUGA